AUGAAGAAAAUCGCGAUUUUUGGUGCCACCGGCAUGACGGGACUGUGCACCGUCGAAGCCGCUUUGAAACAAGGUCUAGAAGUCAGAGCUCUCAUGAGAGAUCCCAGUCGUAUGCCCGAAGAACUUCGCAAACAGGUAGAAGUGAUUACUGGCGAUGUUUUGGUCAAAGAAGAUGUGGACAAGGUCGUUGAGGGCAGAGACGCGAUUGUCGUUACUUUGGGGACCAGAAAUGACUUAGCUCCUACCACAAUAAUGUCCGAAGGGUUGAGAAACAUUUUAUCAUCGAUGGAAAAGAACAAUGUGAAAAUCGUAUCUGUGUGCUUAUCCACCUUUUUAUUCUACGAUAAGCCCAAAGUGCCAGCAAUGUUCCACGGGAUCAAUGAUGAUCACGAGCGGAUGUUGCAUUUGCUACAGGCAGCCGAAUCUCUGGAUUGGAUUGCUGUGAUGCCACCACACAUUGCCGGCACUCCGUCAGGCGAUUACAGUGUGGAAAUUGGCUCAUCUCCUGGUCGUGCCAUAUCUAAAUACGAUCUCGGAAAGUUCAUGAUAGAAUGUUUGUCUAAACCUGAUUACUAUAAACAAAGAUGCGGUUUGGCAACCAAAGUACCGGCUCCAUAA